UAAAGAGUUUGAAUAUAAGGCCUCUCCUUCAUACUUGCUGAAAACAGAACAGGCAAGAAAACAGGAGAGGCUAUGGCUUCUUCAAUCUCUAUCAAUAUUCUUUUCUCAUUCAUAUUCCUAUUUUCAGCUUCAUGUGCUGAUUCAUAUACAAUUCAAGAUCAAUUCUAUCAGUGUAUUAAUCUCCAUUCGGACCAUUCAAUCCCUUUCUCCACUGCUUUCUUCACUCCUACUUCCAAUGCAACUUCAUUCAACUCUGUCCUUAAAUCCACUGCCCAAAAUCUAAGAUGGUUGGCACCUUCUCAACAAAAACCUCUGCUUAUUUUCACUCCUUUGAUUGAAUCCCAUGUCCAAGCAGCAGUCAUAUGCGCGAAAGAGCUAAAGAUUCAGCUCAGAGUUAGAAGUGGAGGCCAUGAUUAUGAGGGCAUCUCAUAUACAUCAGAAAUGAAAAUAUCAGUGCCCUUUAUCUUACUUGACUUAGCUAAACUUCGUGCUAUCAAAGUGGACAUUGAGGACAAUAGUGCUUGGGUUCAAGCUGGUGCAACUGUUGGUGAAGUAUACUAUAGGAUUUCAGAAAAAAGCAAGACACAUGGUUACCCUGCUGGCCUAUGCACCAGCUUAGGAAUUGGUGGGCAUAUCACUGGAGGAGCUUAUGGUCCUAUGUUGAGGAAAUAUGGUCUUGCAGCUGACAAUGUUGUCGAUGCUCGGAUUGUUGAUGCCAGUGGCAGAGUUCUCGAUAGAUCCUUAAUGGGGGAAGACUUGUUUUGGGCAAUCAGAGGGGGUGGAGGAGGCAGUUUUGGUGUACUUUUGGCUUGGAAAAUUAGACUUGUUCCAAUUCCAUCAAGGGUGACAGUUUUCACAGUUUCAAAGACACUGGAAACUGGUGCAACAAAAGUCCUAAACAAAUGGCAACAUGUUGCACACAAGAUUGAUGAAGAUCUCUUCAUCAGAGUCAUCAUAACUCCAACCAAUUCAACAAAGGGGAAGAAAACAGUGCAGACAGCUUACCAAGCAUUGUUUCUUGGCAAAACUGAUAGGCUUCUUGAUGUGAUGAAUCACAGCUUCCCUGAAUUGGGAUUGACACGAAAGGAUUGUGUCGAAAUGAGCUGGAUUCAAUCAGUCAUUUACAUUGCUGGAUAUCCAAGUAACAUCAAGCCUGAGUUCCUACUUCAAGGGAAGUCAUUGUUCCCUAAAGUAUACUACAAGGGCAAAUCCGAUUUUCUCCGUGUACCAGUUCCAAAAACUGGACUUGAAGGGAUGUGGAAGUUGUUCUUACAAGAAGAUUCACCUAUGAUGAUAUGGAAUCCCUAUGGAGGAAUGAUGGGGAAGAUAUCAGAAUCUUCAAUUCCAUUCCCACACAGAAAAGGGGUUAUCUGCAAGAUACUGUACACAACAGCUUGGACAGCUGGAGAAUCUGCAGAUAAACAUAUCAAGUGGAUCAGAGGGCUUUAUGAGUACAUGGGCACUUUUGCAUCCAAGUUUCCUAGAGAAGCUUAUGUGAAUUAUAGAGAUCUUGAUUUGGGUAUGAACAAAAAUGCCAACUCAAACUUCUUGGAAGCUAGUGUUUGGGGGAAAAAGUAUUUCAAGAACAAUUAUGAUAGGCUUGUGCUUGUGAAGACUAAGGUUGACCCUGAUAACUUCUUCUGGCAUGAACAAAGUCUGCCAAUCCUACCCUUCAAAGUUGGCAAAGUUUGAUUCACCCAAGAACUACUUUUGGUUUGAUGUUAUGUUGUAAGAUUUCAGCUUAAAGUAAAAAUAAGUUAGCUUUUGCUUUUCAUUUGGUUUCGUGACCUGUAAUGGAUUGUAGCAGAAGUUUGCAUUGAUAUGGAGAAUGUUUGUACAUAAGAAAUUAUAUCCUAAUUGGUCUUAGCUGAUCAUUAUUUUCA